CCUUCAAAGUUCCUGCAAGGUCCCUCGUGUUGAGAGGCUUGAUAACCAGGUGAAGCAGGGCACUUCUGCAACCCCCCGUUCAACCAGGCUCAACUCUGGCUUAAACACCACAGACGUUGACCAAAGGGUAUUCAUUGUCUUUUAUCUCGCCAGUCAGAUGUUAAUCUUCAUGUUGCUAACAGACGAGAUCCUGCAAGUCAAGCAGGGCCAAUAUUUCAUGUUAUGAGGCCUUUUGCUCCUUUGUGUCCGACUUAUCUCCCUGUCGUCCCUUCGACUAUCCAGGUUACCAGCCGCAGCUGCCGAGCCUGGCAUGAUUGGAGGACUCAAUCUCGCAAUGUGAGAAGAUGCCUGCAAGAAUGACUAACCUCCACGUUCCACGGUCCACCCUGCAGCUGCUGGCUAAAGCUUGGUUCCUCGGCCUCGCUCCUGGGAAUCUGCGCAGGUUGCAUUGCCGAGAGAUUCAAGCCCAAGGCGCGAGAUCCUUCCGAGCCUUACGGAAAUCAGGAGCCAACAAAGCACAAAUAUGAGUAUAUCCGUCUGAUGUUGAAUCAAGGGGCAGUCUGUAGGUCUCCAAUUGGUUCAUGUACCACUUUUACCUGAGGGUUUGGCUGUGAAAAUGGUAUUGGGUUUAUAGCCAACCAUGUCAACUUACAAAGGGAAUCAGUGUUUGCUCGGCCACGGAUACUUGCGUAUCCCCUUGAACGGAGACUUCAACAUCCAGCCAUCUGUUGAGGGCUUUAUGCCAUGCCGAUGGACUUGCAUACUUGCCGCUAUCGGGGCUUCUGGACAAUCACAUCCGGGGAAAGAGUGUCCGAUUGUUGAAUACUCAGAUUCGGUUCGGUCUUUUGCUGGAACAUCAAAAAAGCUGAAAUAGCAAGCGAAGGAUGCCUCCCAUUAAUGUCGAGUUUGACUGUGGUCGAUGUGGUCGAAUCAUCCUGCUAUCCAGAAAUCCUCACUAACUUGACGAUGUUGUCCGAUGCCUGUCCUCUAGCUAUCCGACUUCUUGCCGCUGUGGCGGAAUAUCCAUUGCGAUUCGGAAGGCUGCAGCAUGGAGCCUGCUUCCGCGGAAGAUACGUAUAGCAACCAAGUUUGAACUGGCAAUCAAUGGCGUGGCCGAUAUUUGUUGUCACCAGGAUCAAACGACUUUCAUCGUCAAUUCAACGAAGCCAAAAUGCAAUAAUCUCAGACGUCCUACGUCUUAACACUCCUAUCCAAGGCUAUGAGAAUGCUCUUGGUCGCAGCCAUCACCCUCCUUUGAAUACCGACAUUACUACCAAGUGAAGUUCUUUGUCCACCGAUAUAACCUGCAGCGCUAUGCAAUGCAAGGCCUUAGAGGGUGCCUAUAUGCAGUCCGCCGUGGGAUGAUAUGAUUUUCAUGCUAUGGGGCUGCCCUUGGCAAACAAAGGUGCUUCGUUAAGAAAUUUCGUAUAUGGCUGAGUACACUGCUCCAUUCAACAACCUAGACCUAGAGACAGCUGAUCUUAUUCUUAAGCUUCAGCUCGAGGACAUUGAAGACCUUCGUACAAGCUCCAAAGACAAGAAUCGGGAUGGCGCGCUCAUCGAUGCUCAAGUAGCCCUCUCCCUAUUUGAAGAGAAUCUUGAAAGUAUACGCUCAGUCUUGUCCGACCGACAAAUGACCCAGAGCAUCGCCGACGCUGUACGGGCGGACGCUGAGGUUAUUGCCGACGUUAUUCAUGAGGAAGAAGUCGCUUGUGAAGACCACACUCUUGCACACCGUCUGAACGGAACCAACGUCACAUCCGAAGUCCACCUCCAGUCCAGUGAGCUCGGCCAGAAAACCCUUGCGAGACUUGCCGGACUUUAUGUAUCAGAGGACGUCGGCCAUGAGCUGUUCAAAGGCACAAAAUUCAGCACAGGGCGUGAUACAGACGAGAAUGGUCAGCCUGAGAGUUCUAUGAAACGGUCUGCUCGUGAUCAGGGACUCCAUGAUACGUACAACCUCCGAUGCAUUGCUUGCCAUGAGGUCAAGAAGUACUUUGACGUGAUCGAGGUGCCCUGCGGCCACAACUAUUGCAAACCAUGUUUGCAAGAACUUGUCGAUUUGGCCACCAAAGACGAAUCGUUGUUCCCGCCGCGUUGCUGCCGUGAGCCUUUCGAGAUGGGCGGAGUCAACAUCUUCCUAACCAAGGAACUUCGAGACCAAUUUGAACACGCCAAAGUUGAAUUUGGUACUCGAAAUCGCACCUAUUGCUGUCAAGAGACAUGUUCCGCCUUUAUCACUCCCGGCAACAUUGAAGGCGAUAGAGCAACCUGUGGAAAGUGUGGUACCAUGACCUGCAACAUCUGCAAAAAGCCAGCUCACGACGGCCACUGUCCAGAAGAUCCUGAAUUGCAGGCCACGCUCAGUCUCGCCACUCAGAGUGGGUGGCAGAGAUGCUACGGAUGUGAUCGCCUGAUAGAACUUGAUGUAGGCUGCAAUCACAUAACGUGUCGAUGCGGUGCACAAUUCUGCUACGUCUGCGGCGUUCGGUGGAAACAAUGUGGCUGUGAUCAAUGGAACGAGGACAGAUUACUUGCACGAGCAAACACUAUCGUCAACCGCGAACGCCCCAAUAUGGCCAAUGACAAUCCCGGGCUGAUGGAGAGGGCGCUCCGUGAUGCGGCAAAUAUGCUAAGGAAUAGGCACAACUGCACACAUACUAGCUGGCGAUACAUUCGCGGGCGACACCACUGCGAGGAGUGCUUCGAUGACCUGCCCAAUUACAUCUUCGAAUGCAUCCAAUGUCGAAUCCAAGCUUGCAAUCGGUGCCGGAGGAAUAGGCUUUGAGGGAACUGGGAGCUCGGUUUCUUUCGGAGCAUACAAAGCAGGGUUGAGGAGGCUGUAGGGCCAUAUGUUGGGCAGUUAUUUGCGAGGCAAAUAUGGGACAGAAACACAAUGGCCACAGUAUCAAAAGAGGUUCUAUG